AGUGCGGAAGUGAAGGAUUCUAAAAAAAUCCCUUCCCCUCUUCCCUACUUCACGACUUUUUACUGAUUUUCGAAAGUACUUUAUUCUCUUUAUCUGAAACGAAAUCGAACCCAAGUUGUAAAAUUAUUGUACUACCCCCGCCCGUGUCCCUGAAGCGAAAUUGAAGCAAACUAAGGAAAAAUUGCAGCAUCACCACGACCACGGGUGCACGUCGAACUAGUUCUACCUCGUCCUCCUCGAAGAUCCCACAGGGGGCGGGCAAGAAAAAACUAGAGCGCUUUACUACUCCACCCGGGAGCAGGUAGUCCUUGUCAAUGAAACCUUCAAAGAUGAACAUGCUGCUGUUCUUGCUGAACGGCUGGUGGAUGUUCACAAGCAUUUUUCAUCAAUUAUGGCGUUCUCAAUUGUUACAUUCUCAACUGUUACAUGAAUUUGUGAUGCAAGAACUGCAAAAGUGAAAGGGGGGAGGUUGCACCUCUAGCAUUACAAGUUCUGCACAGAUUUAGGUGCUGUUUAGCUCUUCGCAAAUUUGUCAUGCGAAGCAGCUUCCUCGUGUGGAUCUUGAUGGUAGUUCUGCAUGACAAAUUCAUGUAACAGUUGGGAAUGUAACGUUUGAGAACGCCAUAUCAACUCCCGCUCACUUUGUGGUUCUUCGUCGAGGCACGGUUUGUGGAGUUGAAAACUGGAGGCGAAGCGGGAGAUCAUGACGCCGGCAUGACUGGUGAAGCUGUUGCUGGCGAGGUGGACGGCGUCGAGGUCAACAAUGCAGCGACGAGCACUUCCCCUGGAGGUGCCGUGAAAACAAACGAAAACUACGGAAAGAAACUGAAUUUCCUGGAAUUGGACACGAACGCGGAGUUUUUGGAAGUACAGCCGGGAAAAAUUUCGCAGGAAGAUGAAGAUGUUGAUCAACCGCGCCGCGUCGAAGAUGAAGUGGAUGUUGAAUCCGGAUCCGGCUCUUCUUCUUCCUCUGCUUCGUCCUCCCGAUUGCUUCACCCACAAAAAUCCGCUGGUUUCUUGGCGGCGCGCGCGCAGGCAGCCGAUGGUGCAGGGGUCAUGAACAUGAUCGCGUCGUCGUCUUCGUCAACAUCCCGGAUGGAGAUGGUAGGGUUCUUGCAAAAAGAAACCUCUUCACAAGAACUACGAAGUGCGGGAACCACUGAAGACAACAUCCAGCAGGAGGGGCAAGCCGGAGAAGAGGACGGCCACAUGUUGGAUUACAACAACGUUCGCCCAGAUGAUGCUGUUGCUACUGGUGCACGAGCCGCAGCCGUCACGACUGAAGAUGAUCAUUUUCUUCAUCACGGGACCACGUCGAUGGAAACAAAAACGGGCCAGAAUUUCCUGGAAAAGAAGAAGGUGACCGCGCGUCCCCCCAUCGACGCCACGGUGCUGCAAGGCCAGCUGAGCAAAAUUCCCCCGCGGACCUGCGAGGUUCCAACACCGUGCGGGGCCGCUCGAAAGGAGCAGUUCGAGGGGUGGGCGCGACAAGGAACAUCCCGUGCGCGGAGAAAUUCUGCGAAGACUACACAGCUCAAAAAGCCCAUGGCAGGGACGGGUCAGGCCGAGAAAGAGGUCACCAUUUACCGCAGCACGGAUGGCACAACGGGCACUCCGAAGCAAAUAUGGAUUGCAAACAUGUCUGGGUCUGGAAACUUGUAUUGCUAAAAGUGAAUGGUACACGCACUGGAAUACGCAGCUAUGCAUGUCAAUUUUUUUGGCUUGUUCCAUGUGUUACGUAUGCCCCAUGGCAAGCUGCGUUUUUGCAUGACAGGGAAGAGGGCCCCCGUUUCGUGCCUCUGCAACACAGUUUCUCGAGUCAUGCCAGACAAGCAUGACAAACUUGCAUUCGUCCAGACCCUCCAGACAUAUUUGCAAUUCAUAGAAAAGCAGUGCAGACAAAAAGAUCUGGGACGUACGGCUGCAAGCGCUGGACGAAGCGGAUCCGCUCAAGGAGCAGGAAAAACUGGUGGAGUUCGUGGAACUUGUUCGGGAAGACGCAACUGCAGCAACAUCCCUGCCGCAAGUGCCUCGGGCAAACACUAUUGACAGCGCGGGGGAUUAUGUUUCUGUUGAAAAAGCGAAAGGCAAGCGCAAGCGUGCCCGGGACCUGGCCUUUCCGAACAUGUUUUUGCUGGACGACGACCCUGCGAAGCAGAGUAACGCGGGCGUGCGAAACGCAGUGCAAAGCUCGAAAAUCGUCCGCAUCCGGGAUAUGUGGAAGUCGAACCAGCAGAAUUUUGUGCCAGGCGGGACGCCGGUUCCGCCCGAGAGCAUCCUGCAGGGCCCGCUGGGCCACUGCUACUUCAUGGCGGCGCUGCAGAACCUGGCGAACCAGGGGCUGCUCCUGGAGCCGGAGAAGGUGUCCCCCUCGGGCCUGUGGCUCGUGCCCCUCUACAUCCGGUCGAAGUGGGAGUUCAUCCUCGUGGAUGACCACCUGCCCACCGUUGGCGGCCAGGUCAGCGGCGUCGAUACCCCGGACGACGUGUGCUAUUGCGGCUACCGACCCUACUUCACCUUCCUGGACCCUGAGGACGGGUCCCGGGCGGCGUCGUCCAUCAGCUUAUCAAAUGCAAAUAUGUCUGGGUCUGGAAGGAAGCGAACUUGUGAUGCGCAUUUCACAACACACACAAAUCUCUCAAGCAGAGGCAGCAAGAGACGCUCACUUUCUGUCACCAAAAUGGGGGAUUUGUCAUGCGGAUUAGGCAACGCGGAAACUUGAGCUUCUCAAAAUCCGUGAUGCUAGGGCUUCCAUGACAGAAAUUGUGUGUCACGCAAAAACAGCAUGACAAAAAUCUGCAUUCCUCCAGACCCAGACAUAUUUGCAAUGCAUACAGUUCCGGGGGCGCCGACCAGGUGUUUGGGAUCAAGAAGGAAGUGGCACAAGAAGAACCUGUGGCCGGCGGCGGUUCAACCGAUUUGAUGACGAAAGGACGAUCCCAUGAUCAACCUGCGCAGCAGGGCACUACGAUGCAGAUCUCGAUCACGGUCGAGCUCAUCAUCAAGGCCGUUGCCAAGGUGAUGGGUGUAUCAAAUGCAAAAGUGUCAGGGUCUGCAAGAAUGCAACUUGUGAUGCUGCAUUUGGAUGGCUAAAAAAUUUGUAUUGCAUAAGAAGCAAGAGGAUUCUGAUUUUUGCUACGCGGGGAGGGCAUUUGUCAUGCGGAAUAGGCAUCAAGAAUCCCUCAAAGAACCUGUGAUGCUAGGGCAUGCAUCACAGACAUCAUGGCUCAUGCAAACUGUGCAUGACAAGUCUCAGUCUCAGAAUCUUCCAGACCCAGACACUUUUACACUUGAUAGGGCGGCUACUUUGCGUUGGAGGCCGGGAUCACGCCCUUUGCGGUGCGCGCGGUUAUCAAAUGCAAAGAUGUGUGGGUCUGGAAGAAUGGAAGUUUUGUCAUGCAUAUUUUGAAUAGCCGACGAUGCGUGUGAUGCAUGCUCUAGCAUCACAGGUUCAUAAUUUGUGCGGCCUUCAUCUUAAUGCCGUCGUCGCCUUGUAAUGUUAUCCUGCAUGAGCAGAAAUGCGAAUGCCGUCGCCGCGCAGCAAAAACUGGACUGCCCGCCCUGCUGUUCAUGCAAUACAGAUUUUUUUAGCAUCCGAAGGCAGCAUGACAAGUUUCUUCCAGGAGACCCAGACAUAUUUGCAGUGGAUAGCGGUGGCGGGGGGACAGUCCUUUUUCAAGUACUGGACCAUCCAGUGCACGAGCGCCAACUCGUAUGCGAGAAAAAAACUAUGUGAGUGUAAAUCUGUGAUGCAGAACAUGCAACCGAGUUCGACCUGUCAUGCCAGGCAGCCAUGAAGUCCUCUGUUCAGGUGUGUUUUCCCUUACCAGCCACCCAUGACAGGUUUUCUCUGUCAUGUAGAGCAAAUUUGUGAUGCUGUCAGCCAAAGAUAGCAUACACUAGCACAGUUUUUUUCUUGGAUAACUCCUAUCGCAGGAAAACGAAAUAUUUUUAGAACUUCGUUUGUUCUUCUCUCUGUGACAACUCUGCAACAUGCAUGACAAGUAGCGAAACAAAAACUGACAGGUAUUUUUUCCUUGGACUGAGACUUUGACUUGCAGUCUAGCCUCGUCCUUAGUGCAUUAUAGCGACGUGUUUUAUUGAUUUAAGUAUCACGUACACGUACUUCACUCUCGGUCUCGCGCACCAUAUGCUUAGAGCCAGACGCCCUUUCCGACAUAAUUGCAGGAGCCAGAUUAAGAUUUGCGUCCUACUACUUGAAUGCUGGCACUCCAGGUAGAACGAUAGAGUAGACAAAAGAACACACACAACAUUUUGUCUCUUGCAUAACUCCGCUAGUUGCCCGGCCAAGUACAAUGGGCGUGGGGUGGCCACCCCGGAGGUGUCCAAAGCACUCUUUCUGAUGAGCGAGGAGAGUCUCACGGGGCUCCCCACGCACAAGAUGGGCGCGAAUGGCCAGGUUUCGCUGCAGAGCGCGGUCACUUAUGUGCCCGAGUACCAGAAGAACACCGACAGUGUGAAGGUGUUGUCACCGGACCCAAAUUAUCCAGUGGAAAUAACGUAUCGGAUCUGCACGCUCGAAAGGGUUUUUGCAAUGGUGAACACUCUGUUAUGAAAAAAGUUUUCAGCUUGCUGAGAAAAUGGAAAGCAAAGGUCUUCUAAUUUUCCUCUAGCCAUCUUUCACAUCUUCUGACGAGUUGUAAUUUGUAGGAUGAUAGCAAUAGCUCACGGCUUCCAAUUUGCAUGCAGCUUCGGGAAGAACUUUAACUUUAGUCGGGCCGGGAAUUUGAGAAGUUCUUUCUCGCUAAGUAAGAAGAAAAUCGUCGCGUGCUGGCUCUUCGAUACUUAUUUGUAGUGCAUACACACCAGUGCGAGCUGUUUUACGAUCCGAAGGCGGACGUUUCGAAGUGGCAGGGCAUGAAGGCCCUGAAGGAGUGGAAACGGUUUUCCGGCGACGCCAGCUUCAAAUUGGUCGUCACGUCCGGCAGGAAGCAAACCGGUGAGGACGAGGAAGCGGAAUCUUUUCUCACGGAACCACUGCCAUUGCCAUCGGACUGCGCCGGCCAGGAGCAGGAGGUGAAAGGCCACGAUGAGCCCGAGUCCGCCUCUAUGUGCGAGAAGCUGUGCUACGCCAAGGAUUCCUGUACGGACUACUUGUUCGCACGGUUGGGUCAGCCCAGCGCCCUCGGGCGGACGAAUGUGUGUUUGGCGUUCAGUUCGAAGGACAAGGCCAGUAUUCCAAGGGGGAACGAGGCGCUGCUUGCAAAAGUGGUAGCCGAACGCAGUCCAUAUCGCUGGAAAUGGCUUGUUGUCUACGGGUUAGCAAGGACUAAAGUUGUGUUUAUUCGCCUGUAGAAGUGCUCUCACGGUCACGAUCCAACACAAUCGCCGCCAGCGUAACACUGCAAGAUGACAUUGAUCAGGCGCGGCAGUUGUCGGCUUGGCUGUCCUUUAAUGUGCAGGUCCAGUAAAUUUUCCAAUCCUUGCAGCUGUUACUAAUUCAUAUUGUGUGUAGGCCCGUGGCGCCUGUUCGGCUACAACUGGUUUGUUGUACUUGCCUAUGACUAUGACUAUGAGUUGAUGUGCCGUGUCUCACUCCCACCCUGACGCAAGUUUGGUUCCUGCUGACUCGGGGGGUUUUUCGGUGUAUCAAUUUCUUGCGGGAUUUUCUGAUUGGAAGGAAAAUUUCGGCGAGAAGGUGUACAAGGAAUUCGUCCGGGGCUGCCUUGCAAGCCUCACACAGCUACCGAAAGAAACGGCGCCUGCUCGAGAAGCGACUUCAAGACGUUUGUUUGAGAGGUCGUGGUAUUUUUUUUGCUGUCCGCCAUAAGAUUUAAUUAUGCUUUUAUCUCUCUGAAGGUUUCUUCUCUCCAAGCAGAACCAUUUUGCAUCGACCUGCGUAUUCGUGAACGCUAGAAACGAAAGUGAAUGUUUUCAAGAAGCAAGGAGCAGAACACACCACCUACUCUGGAAGUAGCAUAAUACCAACACGUACGCUGAAUAAUGCUUGUUCGGCGCGUAAUUUCUUUCUGAUAGCAGCAGACGCCCCCUCUCUCUCUGCAAUCGCCGCUGAAAAAUACGCAAAUGGACCAGAUCCGAGAACUCACCUUCGGCAGUCGGGGCCUGUGGUUCUUUGUGUCGCACUUUGACUUUGCAACCGACGUGGCGGCGAACCUGGCAGAGAUUUUGAACAGCACUCCUUUUCUCGCGAACGGGAAGGCCCAAGCGUUUUCCCUACUGCCACCGCAGUCUCUCGCGGUCAAGCAAUUGAUGACCACCCCGCCGACUUCGGCUCCUGGAAGCGCAGCACAAGGGCCACUGGACGCCGCCGCUCUCCAAGAGGUGUUUACCGAGUACGCUGUGGCGACGGAACGCAGCGCACUUUUUCAAUACGAGAAGGCCAUGACCUUUCUGUUUCGGGACGUUUUGGGAGGCAACUUCGACGUGCGGCACCCACCCAACCUCAAGGAGCUGCCCCUAUCAACAUAACGAAAAGCGCACCAGCCCCAAAAAUGCUUGACAGCGUUUGUAUUCGUAAAAGCUGAUCAUAUGUCGUCGUGGUCCUAUCACUGGGAACACUUGCAUGUAGGUAACAGCAUGACAGAUUUUCGCCCCAGAAUAGCGACAAUCAAAGUUGCAAAAGGGCCCAAUACAGGUGAGACCACUGGGCAUGUGGGGGCUUCUUUGCACUUAGAAUCUGAAGCAGGAACAGUCUGUGCUCAAGCAUGCAAAACAAAGUGUCUGCAAUCACAUAAAGAAUAAUUUGGAUUUGAGACUUCUGGUGGCGAUGCGCUUUUCAGUUUGAUAUCCCCAGCAGGACAGGCACAAGGCGGUGCGCUGCUUGUUCUUUGAUUUGCAGGAACACAUCCUGCGCGGUGCGGUGGCAGACCCCAACGAUCCGUCGAAGUUGCGGAAGACGCACGUCCUCAGCUUCAAUAUUGACAGCAAACACACACUAUGCAUUUUUGCAAAUAUGUCUGGCUCGGAAAGUAGAGGUGUGCACGACUUGUUACGCUUGGCUGCCAGAAGAAAAAAAUGUGUCAUGCGGUCCGCAUGACCGGGACCGGGUAGCACUUGCCCUGCAGCGUCAUUUUUUUGUCAUGCAAAAGGAGUUUAUGUCUGUCUUCGUGCAGGUAUUAUCAUUUACGCAAGACGUGGUCGCUCCGAGACGUGUCAUGCACGGCCCCGCAUUUCCUUUUCCAUUUUCUUUUUCGUAGGGUGCUUCUCCGUUUCGCACACUAGUAGCAUCACAUCAACUUUCCAGACCCAGGCAGUAGUUGCACUGCAUACCCAUUCGCCCAGGGGUUGUACCAGGGGCAUGCGUACACCUUUGAAGCGCUCCACGUCUUGGCCAUUCCCACCAUGAGCGUCAACCCGAAUGAGUACCUCCUCAUUUACGCCGCCUUGAUUCGGAACCCCCACGUAUCCUGAGUAAAAACGUACCCACACCAGAGUUAGGAUGAGGAUUUUGCAACACAAACCUAGGAGUUUUGUGAGUCACGCAUGACAAGUUGCACUAUGCAGUGUAGUGCAGGCUAGCAAGUGCAGCCGCGUCACAGAUUCAUCUGCUCAUCCUGUUCACAGCAUCACAAAUUCCAAAACACGAUUGGAAAUGGCUCUCAUGGGGAUGCGCAUUACAAGUCUUCCUGUCUUUGCAAAUCUGCAUUACAACUCUGGUGUAGUGGGUACGUUUUUACUCAGGAUACCACGGGCGCCGCGACUCUGCCUGGAACCCGUUCAAAAAUGCCAACGGGCAGGUAUGACUUGCUCAAACGUUACAAUCUCAAACGUUACAAUAGAAUCCGGGAUUUGUCUUGCAUAAUGAGCAUGACAGACUCGCACAGCGUUCCACCUUUUGCAAUACAAAUUUUCCCAGAUUGUAGUCGGGUUUGGAGCUCCCGAACUUGUCAUGCGCAAUCCUAUGAGAGUUGGCUAGAUCAUGCACUCUUGCAUCACAGAUUUCCAAAUUCUAUUGUAACGCUUGAGAUUGUAACACCUGAGCGGGUUAUAGCAGCUCAGCGGGGGUUCUCAGGACCUGCGGUUCCUGGCCAACGGGCAGUACGAGCAGCUGGACCUGAAGAAGCCGCGACUGACCGAAACGCUGGUGCAUCUGUUGAAUGUGUAUCCACAGUAAUCCUCCCGUACACGUACAAGUGCAGAAAGCUUUAACCUUGCAAUCCUAUUCUUUUUUUACUUUUAGCAUGACAAGUAGUAAUGUGCUCCACAAGAAAGUUGGCAGAAUGAUUUGUGAUGCCUUACGCGUGUGGGAAAUUUGUAUUGCAUAUCGUGCCGCAGGACGUUUUGCCCAACGAGGCGGGGUUCGGCACGGAUGCGAAGAAGCAGCGGGAACUGCUCUGGAACUACGCGAAACGCCCGACGCCGCCGGAUUUGGUGGCGCUGGGGGACAUAUCCUGUGCAAAAGUAUCGUACUCGUACUGCAAACAUGCAUUACAAAUCUUUAUCUCAAGGUCGAUCCGCAUUACAAAUUUUCUCGCUAAUGCUGAGGAAAUUUGUAAUGCAUUUCUACGAGUGCGAUACUUUUGCAGUUCAUAGGACAGCCUCACGGAGGGCUUCAACUUGAAAGGGGGUACUUCCAGCUCGGACUUGUGGGUCAACAAAUUGGGAAUUGAGAUGCUGAAGUUGAAGGAAGAGAAGGACGGGAGUGGAACAAACGGGGCGAUGAAGUCCGGGCUGCAGAUCCUCAAUGGGGGAAACAGCGGCGCGUUUGCGACGGUUCUGACGGGCGCGGAGCCUCUGUCGAUCCAGUCCCAGCCGGGCCAACAUGCCCAUGCGGGGCGCGUGCUGGUUUCCCAUGGCCCGACCGGAGGUUCUUUUCAGAUCACGAACUCGGGCGAGCCGGCAUUGCGAGCGCAGGCGGGUGACGGCGGCCUGUUGCAGCACGUGAGAGCAAGUAUUGUCGGCAACGUGGGCGUAGCGGAGGACCAGAAGGUCGAACUGACCACGGUUUUCUUCGGCACCAACGAGGUCAAUCAGGGCAAGUUCAGCGACAAAAACACGGCCGAGAAUCUCGUCAAAAACAUGAAGCAAAUUUUGACGGAGGCGUUGAAAUUUUCGAGGUUCGUAAUUGUGAUUCUACCUCUCGUCGAGAACCAUUGGAAGUUGAACACGGAAAAUCUGCAUUACUACAGGGACAUUUACAAGCAGGGAAUCGUAAACUUGAAGUCCGACAUCAUUGGCAAGAUCAGGAACGCGGACGGUUCCUCGGCGGAGUACACGGCGGUCGGAGUGGUCGACCUCGACUACUUGCCAAGUUUCGACGGCGCAGACGAUCGAGAUAUGACAUUAGAGACUUGAUGCGUAAAGAUAACGAACGCAAGUGUCCGUCAUCAUCUUUUUCUUUUCUGCAUUUACUUUUUCUGCACAGUAUGCUAUGAUGGUGAUCAUGAAAUCAUCGGGUGCAACGAAUGUAUAGAGAAAUAAAUUUAGGUUUUCUCCAGCAAAUCCUCGUCCUCCUGAUUAUGAAGCCCACCCGCGAGGCUGUGCUGUUGUGUCACAUUGUCUUAAAGUGCGUCCUCUUAUUUUGCGUUGUGCUUUGAUGACGGAUAGAUGCGACGCACUCGCAUCGUCGUUUUUGGCCUGGAUAGUAUGCGCGUCAAACAAAAAAUACUACAAGUUGACUUUGCCCGGCACCGACCCGGCAAUCCGGAAAAUCAUGGAUGAACUUCACCCCGAUGGAGAGGGACACAAAGUGAUUGCCGACGCCGUUUUGGAAGAGUACAACAAGCUAAAAGGGUAUGCCAAAGAUGCAGGCACAGGCAGUGUCGCCAAGGCUCCGCUCACCCCGUUUUACAUCCUGGAACCCGGUUGCGUGGAGGGGAAAGACUUGAACUCUAAGCUGAAAAAGCCAGACGAAGGGCGAGCAGCUCCCGCAGCCGCGGGUGCGAAUGGAGCCUUUCUUUCCAGUCUCCCGGGGGGUGGGCUUCCUUUUCUUGUUCCAGCUUCGUGGACCGGCGCGGGGGGCCGGGGCGCCUCCGCAGACCCCUAUCUGCGGACACUGCAGCUGCCGCCGAACGCAGACGGGCCGACAACCUGCAUGAAGCCGUAUUCCCGGCAGCAGAUAUCCUCGGGAAAAGUAUCGCGCUCGAACGAAUUGCAAUUUAGCGCGACAGAUCAUGUAUAGCCUAGUAAGUAUGGCGCAUCUUGUUCAGCAUUACCUUUUCAAAAACACUCUUUUGCACGGCUGCGAUACUUUUGCAAUGUAUAGCAGAAUUGGGAUGACCAAAAGGCCGCGUUGAUGUGGAUGCCCUGGAGCAGCUUUGUGCUCUACAUGGAUAUGAAGUGGAAAUUAUAUUUUUGGGAUCUGGAGCUGGAGGAAAAGUGAAAGUCUAAAGUAAUUGUUUGUGAAGCAGCCGUCGGUCGCACGACUCUCAGUGCACCCAGGAGACGGUCUGUAAUGCAGCGGUAGAGGUACAAAGAUGGUUUUGAGCAUUGCCGAAUGACAUUCUUCAGCUAGCGAGAAGUGCACGUUUCUUGCUUCUCCAGCAAGGCAGAUUUUUUUCGCGAUUAUAAAUCAAUGAGCAUUGAAAGUGAUCCACCUUUCAGACCCGGAUAAAAAAAUGAUUUGCACUGGAUAUCGUGUGGCGAAAAGCAGAUCCAUCAGUACGCCGUGCCCGCACAGGAUCGCAACAAACAAGCUGCUUUUCAGGCCAUCCCACUCAGCAGCUCGUUUAAGCCGCUGCGCAAGGUAGCGACGAACAUGCAGAAGCCUCCGAAAGGGGCAAAACUCACUGAAGAAUCGUCAGGGCAGCAGCUGGCCCGGCUGCAGUCGCAGUGGGAGGGCACGCUGUCCUACUGGGCGGAUUUCUUCCACACCGAGGUCUCGAAGCGGCUAAACGAGGCGGGCGUGGAACUGGGCCUGGUCCUCGAGCAAGCUGGACAAGAAGCGCAAAAGAUGUUCGAAGAAGCCACCACCUUGCUGAAGGACAAAUUGGAGGAACUGUUCAAGUCGUCCGGGGAUGUUGACGAGGCGGACGAGGACGAGGACGAUCUCAGCGACAGUGACGAUGAAGGUGAGGAAUUUGCCAAGGGCGCCGAAGGUGUGUACCACAACAACCCGACCGUGUUGUUUCUCGGCGACUCGAGCACUGCGGGCAAGCUGGAUUCUUCGAGCGGGCCGGACGUGAGCCCGCAAUCGCCAGCCCUGUGGGUCAACCAAGUUGCGCAGGAGUUGCUGCACCUCGAAGUUCGUCCUGCAAAAGCGAAAGGCUCGGAGCCGAAAAAGAAACUGUUUCCAGGGACGACAAAAGAUGAAAACGUGCGCAAGCUGACGGUGAUCAACGCGGGCAAUGUCGGCUUUACGCAGCAGCAGCUCCUCGGCCGGGGCGGCUACCUGGGCGGCAGUGAAGGUGUUGGCCCACCCCAGCACCCGCCGGUGCAUGCGCGGCGCUUGGAAGUGGUCGCGAAGGCCGCAGCUGGAAGUGGUGGGGACGAAGACGAAGGACAGCGGUGGACGCAGGGUCCGAUACACUGGACGCACGCCACGACCUUCUUUCCGCCGAUCACGAAGAAUUUGCCGGCGGGGCUGUUCGACUUCUCCGACUGGACGGGGGCGGAGCCGGCGAAGUGGGCCUCGUCGGACGGGAAGCCGAUGCCCGACGAGGACAAGAUUUUUCUCACGACCAUCAGCUUCGGCUCCUACGAGCUGCUGUCGGGGGUGUUCUUCGAGCGGGCCUUGAGUUCCUACGUAUCUUCUUAUGCCCAGACCGAACUGGACCUGUGUGGGUACCCGCCGUACACCGGCGACGCUGAAAAAAUUAAGAACUACGUCAAAGAGGUCCAGGACCUCGUGAACACGCUGCUUACGCACUACAGCCGCUAUGUGGUGGUCGUCCUGCCCGACCUGUCGUUUCACCCCUUCCGCGGGGAGGGGAAAAUCACCACCAAAACAACCGACUCGGGCAGCGCCGCGAGUACCACGACGACUCAGCCCGCGUGGGACUAUUUCAAAGGGGUGCUGCUGGAAAAGGGCCUGGGACCUCGAGUUGCAAUCACGGACAUGGAGGGACUGCAGGACGAAACACAGAAGCUUGACACAACCGAUUUUGUGACAUCCUACUUGCCGAAAGAAAUCCGGCUUUGGGAAAAAGUGCACGAAUCGCCAUUUAUCCUGUGCAAAAGUAUCGUACUCGUACUAAUUGCAUUUAUGCAUUACAAAUCUCUUUCUCAAGGCAAAUCAGCAUUAUAAAUUCAACUUGUAAUGCUGGGCCAAUUUGUAUUGCAAUUACUAUAUAUUAUAUUCAUGCGAAAAAAGAGGUAGACAGAGGGUAAACAAGAGGUGGCCGAGAGGUCAAAAAGAGGUCAAAAGAGGUAAAAAAGAGGUCGACAGAGGUGGAGAGGUGGCGCGGGACCCCUUUCGAGAGGGCCGGCGAGAGGGUGCGCGAGUAUAGCCCGCCGAAGGACCCACCCUAAGGCGGCGCCUAAGUGCCUCAGAGGGUGCAGAGAGGUCAAAAAGAGGGGGCGCGAGAGUUCGACAGAGGUGGCGAGAGGUGGCGCGAAUAAGGGGCGACCUCUCGCGGACCCUCUUGGCCACCUCUCGGCCACCUCUGUCGACCUCUACCCGCGAGUAUAGCCGGAUUAUUAGCGGGGACCCCCAAAAGAGGCCAAAAAGAGGGUCUGCGAGAGGUCUGCGAGAGGGUAAAACACAAAGAAGCGGGCGCGAAUCCGCAUGGCACUACCCAUAUUUGGCACUGCAGGCCAUUCGCGGAGCUGUUUUGUUCGGCGCCUUUCCGCGCCACCCUCUCGCGCCACCCUCUCGCGCACCCUCUCGCGCCACCCUCUCGCGCUACCCUCCCCCGCCGGGCGGUUUCUGUUCGCCCCCGGUGGUCUUUGCAGCUGCUCCCUGCGCAGAGCGCCCACAGGCGCGGGAAGCGCGCAAGUGGUCCUGCGGGUUGGCGCGGCGCAAUGUGUUUCGUUGUGCAUAGGCCCGCGGGGUUGUGGUCCUAUCGGCAAACAGUCUUGCCCCGACCCAACAGCCUUGCGCUCCGGCGGCAGCCGGAGCAUGGCUGGUUUAUACUAGUGCGAUGCUUUUGCAUUGCAUACCAUUGCGGUUCCAGCAAGACAUGGGCCUCAUGGCGAAGUACCAGCUCUACCCCAACGAGAAGGGGCACGCGAAAAUGGCGGCUGCGGUGAAGGAGGUGGUCAAAGGUCUGAUCACAAAGAACGAGGGUAACGGUGAUGAAGCUCCCGCUACCGCUUCUCCUGAUGAUGAUGAUGAUGAUGAUGAUGAUGGCGGUGAGGGAUCGGAUGAAGAAGAACAAAAGCCGGGCUUCUUCACACGGCUUUUUUCCUGGUUCACCAGCAGGGGCUCUUCCGAAACCAAUUCGAGCAAACCGAAUCGGCCGAAGACCUCAAGGACAGUGGGCACGAAGAAAAAUGGUCGAGGUCAGCCGCUCAGCGAACAGGAAGUUGUGAAUCAUCAAGCCGGGGUUUUCGGGAAACUGUAUGGUGGAAGAAGCAAGGAUCUCGCCACGACCACGCUACUUGUACCUGCCUUGUAUACAAUCGCGCCGAAGUGAUUUAUUAGUGUGCGAGUCUGUGGCUGUGGGAGGACUACAUGAAGGAACACGAGAAUAGAGUUUUUGCAUGUUUGUCAACAACUUUUCCUUUCAUCGCACUCAAAUACUGCUACCAACGUACCUGAAGGAGAAAAUAGAUUUUUCCCCUGCAAAAACAUUUCCGACAUGCAUGACUUAAUACGCAUAAAAGGGGACUCAAACGCAGAGCCUCAAGCUUCCAGUGGCUAUAUCAGGCCGGCGCGCCGCCUCAAGUGAAGAUGUUACAGUUACGGACGAUAUCAGCAUGACCCGCAGAAGUCGCGUUCUCUAGAAGAUUGUGAAUUUCUGACUUGUUGCAUUCUCGGCACUGAUUUGUCAUGGAGAGAUCUUCGAGCUUUUCCACCUGAUAUCUUGAAGAAAACACUCGCGGACACAUGGCACGACGCGAGUCACUUUCUGAAACGGAAGCGCCGGGAGUGGUUCGAUGGAGCCAGCUCCGCUACGGGACAACCCGACAACAGUGACGGUGCGGGGGUUGCUGGGGCUGCUCCCUUGAACGGACGCACGGAAGCUGAAGCAAUGGUCCCCGCACCGCGUGAAAACGGUGGUAGCAGCGAUGAGUUGAAGUCGCUUGUCCCGUAGAGGUCCUCGUCGUGACGAGCUACACCACGGCACCCGAAAUCCUUUUGUGAAAAAUCGUUCCCACAGAGUUCUUCUGCUUCUAGAUUAAUCUUCACGAAGUUCAAGUUUGUCUUCUACGAUUGGUGUUGCAGCGUCUCUGUGACAUCCCACUGCGCGCAAAUGUACGCACACGAGCCUGAGUAGUGAAAAACAAGCGGUUCUUGCGGAGCCAUCGUGCGCCACUAGCAUAAUUUUUCCCGGAGAAACCGAAUCCAAUCUGUCAGCCGCAUGCACAUUAUUAAAUCCUUCUCCUUACAGACGAAUAAUAUAAUUUCUCUUAUUCUUUUUCCCCACAAGAACAAAUUACGUGCGACCAGCGUUUCUACUUACGAACAAAUGUAGAAGUACUUAACUUUGAGUAGAACAGCAACACGAAUUCUAUAUCGAAAUUUCUUCUGGUAGUUAUACUUUUUCAUAUUUUCUUCAGGUCGGACAUUUCUUCAUUCAAAAUCAAAUUUUGGUUUUGCUUUUGCGAAGCACACAAUCGAAACUUUGUUUGCUGCAGUAUUUUCUACAUCACGUAACCGCAUUGGCUUUAACUUUCACUUUCAGAUCAAGUUUGACAGAACAUGCACUCACAUUUUUUCAAGUAGCCUACAACAUACAAUUGACCGUAUAUGGAAUUUAGGAUCCACGCGUAACUAAAACUUCAUGUUCAUAAAAACGAAAUGUGUGUAUCGGUAUGAAGUAGAAGUGUAUUACUAGCUUCAUGAAUUGACGAAGACGGAACGGAGCCGAAAAAUAUGCAGAUGUUUGUUUCACCGGAAUCAAUCAUGUUGCGCACCAGCAGACGUUGUCAGGCUUUUGACAACCGUUG